GGGGCUGGUGGCAGGCUUGGCAGCCGCCAGACGCGGGGCUCUGGUGGUGUCGCCUGCUGGCAAGGAGCGGGCAAGACCGUCCCCCUCGUUGGCACCCUCGGGCUUGGCUCGGGAACACUGAGGCCGCAGCGGUGCCAGCAGCUGGUCCGGCCGGGCCGGGCGGGCUGACAGCCGGGAGCGAGGCAGCGGCCGCGCGGAGGUCCGGCUCCGGGGCGAGACUGCGCGCCCCGUGCCGGCAGCCAGGGGGCAGAGUUCCCGGGCCCGUGUCACUGCAGGCUACCUGGGGCUCCGGCUCCGCCACUGUCCGCCGGGUCCGCGUCUUCUCUUGGCAGGUCCUCUCCACCAGCCAGGGCUCCGCGGAACACAGGAUUUCCCCGCCCGCGAUCGCUCCCGAGGCGCAGGAGCAGAGGCACGGCCGGGGAUCCGCGGCGGGAGGCGAGGUGGGGAGGGGAAGGCGGACCGCGCGCGGGGGACGGGAGGGGGCUGGAGUAGGGGAUUCCAGGGACGCGCAGCCCCGCCCUCGCCCCCUCCUCUCCUACCCUUCAGAACCCGCGGAGCAGGGGGAGUAUGGAGCAAACGCCGCUGCUCUGGCACCAUGACGCUCGCCCGCUUCGCGGUGGCUCUGAUUUUCGGGGCGCUCCCCGGAGUGGUCAGCUUUGAUCCGGUCCUCAGUUAUCCUCUGGGUCCCCAGUACCCUUAUUACCUUCCUACCCAGCAGCGUCCACAGAGGACGCCUCUGCCGCGCGUCCCGCGCCCCCCGGCGGCGCUCCGGACCCCGCGCCUGCAGGCCCUCCACGCCCGGCACACGCCCGGGCCGCGCGCCGGGGACUGCCCCGCCGGCGAGCCCUGGGUCAACGUGACGGACUUCGGCGCCUCUUGUCUGCGCUGGGCAGAGGUGCCACCGUUCCUCGAGCGGUCGCCCCCGGCAGGCUGGGCUCAACUGCGAGGGCAGAGCCACAACUUUUGCCGGAGCCCCGACGGCACGGGCAGACCCUGGUGCUUCUAUGGGAACGCCCACGGCAAGGUGGACUGGGGCUACUGCGACUGCAGACACGGGUCAGUCCGACUUCAUGGUGGCAAAAAUGAGUUUGAAGGCACAGUGGAAGUAUAUGCAAAUGGAGUUUGGGGCACAGUCUGUAGCAGCCACUGGGAUGACUCUGAUGCAUCGGUUGUUUGUCACCAGCUGCAGCUGGGAGGUAAAGGAGUAGCAAGACAAACCCCAUUUUCUGGACUGGGCCUUAUUCCCAUUUAUUGGAGCAAUGUCCGUUGCCGAGGAGAUGAAGAAAAUAUACUGCUUUGUGAAAAAGACAUCUGGCAGGGUGGGACGUGUCCUCAGAAGAAGGCAGCUGCUGUCACGUGUAGCUUUUCCCAUGGCCCUGCAUUCCCCGUCCUACGCCUUGCUGGGGGCAGCAGUGUGCAUGAGGGCCGAGUGGAGCUCUACCAUGCGGGUCAGUGGGGGACUGUCUGUGACGACCAGUGGGAUGAUGCAGAUGCAGAAGUGGUCUGCAGGCAGCUGGGCCUGAGCGGCAUUGCCAAAGCAUGGAAUCAGGCAUAUUUUGGGGAAGGAUCUGGCCCAGUGAUGUUGGAUGAAGUACGCUGCACUGGGAAUGAGCUUUCUAUUGAGCAGUGUCCAAAGAGUUCCUGGGGAGAGCAUAAUUGUGGCCAUAAAGAAGAUGCUGGAGUGUCCUGUACCCCUCUAACAGAUGGGGUCAUCAGACUUGCAGGUGGUAAAGGCAACCAUGAGGGUCGCCUGGAGGUGUAUUACAGGGGACAGUGGGGCACUGUCUGUGAUGACGGCUGGACUGAGCUGAAUACAUAUGUGGUUUGCCGACAGCUGGGAUUUAAAUAUGGCAAACAAGCCUCUGCAAACCACUUUGAAGAAAGCACAGGGCCCAUAUGGUUGGAUGAUGUCAACUGCUCAGGAAAGGAAACCAGUUUCCUUCAGUGUUCUCGGAGACCCUGGGAAAGGCAUGACUGCAGCCAUCGGGAAGAUGUUGCUGUCUCCUGCUACCCUGGCAGGGAUGGACACAGACUGUCUCUGGGUUUUCCAAUCAGACUGAUGGACGGAGAAAAUAAGAAAGAAGGACGAGUGGAGGUUUUUAUAAAUGGCCAGUGGGGAACAAUUUGUGAUGAUGGGUGGACUGAUAAGGAUGCAACUGUGAUCUGUCGACAGCUUGGCUACAAGGGUCCUGCCAGAGCAAGAACCAUGGCUUAUUUUGGGGAAGGAAAAGGACCCAUCCACGUGGAUAAUGUGAAGUGCACAGGAAAUGAGAGGUCCCUGGCUGACUGUAUCAAACAAGAUAUUGGAAGACACAACUGCCGCCACGGUGAAGAUGCAGGAGUUAUUUGUGAUUAUUUUGACAAGAAAGCAUCAGGUAACAGUAAUAAAGAGUCUCUCUUAUCUGUUUGUGGUGUGAGAUUACUGCACCGUCGGCAGAAGCGGAUCAUUGGUGGGAAAAAUUCUUUAAGGGGUGGUUGGCCUUGGCAAGUGUCCCUCCGGCUCAAGUCAUCCCAUGGAGAUGGCAGACUCCUUUGCGGGGCCACACUCCUGAGUAGCUGCUGGGUCCUUACAGCAGCACACUGCUUCAAGAGGUAUGGUAACAGCGCUAGGAACUAUGCUGUUCGGGUUGGGGAUUAUCAUACUCUGGUGCCAGAGGAGUUUGAGGAAGAAAUUGGAGUUCAGCAGAUUGUGAUUCACCGGGAGUAUCGACCAGACAGCAGUGACUACGACAUCGCCCUGGUUAGACUACAAGGACCAGAAGAACAAUGUGCCAGAUUCAGCAGCCACGUUUUGCCAGCCUGUUUGCCACUCCGGAGAGAGAGGCCACGGAAAACAGCCUCCAAUUGUUACAUAACAGGAUGGGGAGACACAGGACGAGCCUACUCAAGAACUCUACAACAAGCAGCCAUCCCCUUACUUCCCAAGAGGUUUUGUGAAGACCGUUAUAAGGGUCGAUUUACAGGAAGGAUGCUCUGUGCUGGAAACCUCCAUGAACACAAACGUGUGGACAGCUGCCAGGGAGACAGCGGAGGACCACUCAUGUGUGAACGGCCAGGAGAGAGCUGGGUUGUAUAUGGGGUGACCUCCUGGGGAUAUGGCUGUGGGGUCAAGGAUUCCCCUGGUGUUUAUACCAAAGUCUCAGCCUUUGUACCUUGGAUAAAAAGUGUCACCAAACUGUAAUCCUUCAUGGAAACCUCAAGAAAAUAAUAUUUAGAGAAUGUGUUGGAAACUUUCCAACAUUGGCAUUUAGCUGAGAUGCCAACUAAUGGGAACGGAGAUCCGUGUUUCUGUGUUUCGUGGUAAGAACUGUGCACCCCUUUGCUGCUUGAGAAUUUGUGAUGUGAACAUUUUGGCUACAGAUACCUCAGUGUAGUAAUGAUUAUCCUUAUUUAGCAUUGUUGCCUACCCAAAUUAGUUUAAUGGACACUAAAUUCAUUAUUCUCAUGAGUCUUGUCUCUGCCUGUUUCUCAGCAUUCUCCAGAGAUUAUUGUAUAUUGAUUGUGCAGUCAGGCUGUUUUUACAUUUAUUUGGAUUGAGAACUCCUUUAUAACUGAAUCAAUAUGGUAUAUAUUCAUAUAAAGAGCCUACAUUUGACAUAAAAAAAUAGUCUUUACUAUACUCAAAAUAAGAGUGGCGAGCUUCCCUGGUGGCGCAGUGGUUGAGAGUCAGCCUGCUGAUGCAGGGGACACGGGUUCGUGCCCCGGUCCGGGAAGAUCCCACAUGCCGCGGAGCGGCUGGGCCCGUGAGCCAUGGCCGCUGAGCCUGCGCUCCGCAGCGGGAGAGGCCACAACAGUUAGAGGCCCGCGUACCGCAUCCCCCCCCCCCAAAAUAAGAGUGGCAUUGUUUUCUGUUCAUGUAAUUUUUUAAGCUCAGACUUUUUUCCUUAGGCUGAUAAAAAUAUCAGACCACAUCUUUCUGGCCUUUCAUGAGAAAAUCGAAGGCCAAAAAAGAUAAAGCAAUUCUAUUAUAAACUGACUGGAAAGGAAUAUCAUUGUCACAGUACAUUCCUGAAUGAAGCCUUUGUACCAAGCACUAUGGCAACUAAAGAGAAAAACAUUCUAGCUACCUUGUAUGUUGUUAGCACACUUCAGCAUUCCUGAAAACAAAAUAAAGAAUGCCUUCAAACUGUUUAAUGCACAACCUAAUUCAAUCUGCUUGAUUACUUUUAAUCACUUCAAAUUUACAGCUUGGUAAAAAAAUGUUUUUUCUUCAGCAGCAUGCUGUUUUCCAGACCAUGAUUUAAGAGUGCCACCUACUGCAACCUUCUGGUAACUAACUUAAACCUGCAGACUAUCCUGAUACAGUCCCAUCUAAUAAAAAUAGACUAUUAAAAAUGUUUUCCCUGUCUAUAGUUUGGGAAAGUCUAAAAUAACUGUUAUGUUUAAUCCAUAUGCCACUUAUGUGCUAGGUGUCUAUGCACCUCAUUGACAAUUUAUAAAAGGUAAGAUUUUAUAAUAUUUCUAGUUUUCAAAUGGGUUAACAGGCAGAGGCCAAGAUGAGACAGCUGUUGAAAGGCUUUGAAUCCAAACUCCAGAACAGGAAGAGUCCCAAUGCAGACAAGAGCAUCUCCUCCCACCCCUCUAACCCAUGGUUCUCCUGUCUAAAGGCAAGUUUUCCCUCCGGCUGUUUCCCAAAGGAGCAAGGGAUAGCUGCUUAUUAUGUAUCCUACAGGGCAUUCUUGGUAGCAGCACAAAAUCUUUGCCCAAAUAUAAAAGCUAAGCUCUCAGGAUACUUGAGUAGACUGCUAUCAUGAGUCCU